CACUAGACCACGCCUUUCAUUAUAUCGGGAGGUGUGAAUAGCAUACCGCUCCAUAGGGCUCUGUCUCUUUCUUCUCCACAGGCUAUCUAACAGUUUUAACAGCCAUUGUUCAGGGUCUUGCUCCAAAGAGAAAAGGGAUGGCGACCGAGACAAUCCUUAACGGGCCCACUCCCCCUUUUUCUCCGUCCAAGGGCAGCCACACCGCCACAGCUAUUUUGGAGGGAGGUAUCCCUUCUCUUGGCCUUUCUACAGACGGAGGAGUGGGAACAGGGACUGGCGAGGAGAACCCAACGGCUUUGUUUCUUGUUGCAAAAGUACUGGCCAACCUCAGCCAAGAGACACUUGCCCGUACAGUCUCUACCGCCUCCUCCUCUUCUUCUACCGAGCAAGAGCAGCUGUCAGGUGCAACACCAUCCGAACCCACACCACCAUCCUCCCUGCUCUCCACGCCAGGAGAAGAAAAGAAAGGAGAGCCUAGCAUAGUCACAGAGACUCCUAGGAAUGGAGUUCAAGACGGAGAGGAAGAAAUGGCGGGCACUGCAGCUAGUGGUCUCUCUCCCCAGCAGCAGCAACUGGUCUAUAUGAAUAUAGAGGCUCUUCUUAAUGCUGCCUCUAAUACCCCACCAGAGCCUCCAGCCUCUUCCUCUCCAGAUCAAACAGUCCCCCAGCAAGGUAACGAAGAAGACGUCACUUCAUCCGAAGUACAAACAGUAGAGCACACAGUCUGGACUGCUCCUCAUCCUAAACCUCAGGGUCUCAAACCAAAAAAGAAAAACCACAUAUGUCCUUGGGAAGGCUGCGGUAAGGCAUACGGGAAGAGCUCCCACCUAAAAGCACACAUACGUACCCACACCGGGGAGCGACCAUUUCCCUGUACUUGGGAGAACUGUUCUAAAAGGUUUGCACGCUCGGACGAGCUUGCACGCCAUUACAGGACCCACACCGGGGAGAAGAGAUUCGCUUGCCCUGUUUGCGACAAGAGGUUCAUGAGGAGCGACCAUUUGAGUAAACAUGUGAAGCGUCAUGCCAACCAGAGAACAAAGACAAAGCUGGAACCAGGGGUAAGUAAAGGACUGUCUGAUGGAACUGGCAUUACUGCUAAUGCUGUCAAAUCUAUCCUUCCUCUCUCGAAUCAAGUGAAUCUAACGCAAGGACAGCCUGUUGUUCUGCCUGAGGGUAUCCUGAUCUCUCCCUCUGGUUUGAUUAUAGAUCCCAGCCUCUUAAAGCUCACUGCCAGUACUGCUAACAAACAACUCACAGUUGCUGAUAUACUAGGUAUCAAUGGGAGCGUGAUAGGAGCUGCUCCUCCGGCUAGUAAUCCACUCCCUGUUCCUAUAGACUCCAUUAAAACUGAAAAGACAGAAGAAGAGGAAGAACCUAUGGAGAGUACUAACAGCAGUCAAGCAAUGACCGUUAAUCAACAAGACAAUUCAAAGUCCUCCGCAGAUAUCUUGAUGUCUUCGUACCAAUCUAUCCUACAGCAAAUGUUCAGCGUCAAAGAAGAAGCAGCAGCAGACAAAAUCACUCCAGCCGUCGGUACCACCACUUCAUCAGUCUCUCUUACCACUUCAGUUCAGUAGCAGUCAUAGAAAGUAAACCAAACUCACCCCAUCCAUCCCAGCCUGUCAUUCUCAACUUUUAUCCUCUCAACAACACAAGCCCUUCAGCCACACUCACAUUUACUACUACAGUUCCUCUCUCUCUCUCUUUUGUUCAUAUCAUGGAAAAGCUACUACAGAUCCUCUUACUUUUAAUAUAAUUUGUAAAAGACAGUGACACAUCAACACUAUUACCUUUAUUGACAGUAAGCUUUAUUAUUAUCAUUAUUAUUGUGUAAUAUAUUACGUCAUUAUUAUUAUUAUUUUGAUGAUUGUUUUGUGUAAAGUAAUUGUGUUACUCAUUAAUUCAUCGUAUCAGCUCCAAUCAUUAUUAUUAUUAUUAUUAUUAUUAUUAUUGUUGUUGUUAUUGUUUGUAUUUUUGUUUUUGUUCUGUCCAGUCAUUUGAUUCAUGCAUCUAUAGAUCUACUUUUCUCUCUUGUAUUGUUUUAAAGAAGAAAAAUAACUUUUAAUUUAUAAAAAA